GAAGCCUGAAAUAGAGGAACUUCUGAUCAAAAUCAUUCAAAUCAGCCUAAGAUAACAAAAAUAACCAAGUUCUCAGAAAGUAUACAGGAAGCCCUGACCACCACACAGGAACUUGCAUGUUAAAGUGUGUUCGUCUGUAACGUUUCAGCUAGUUUGUGUCAUUGUGAAAGAGACGAAGAGAAAGAUGUCUGGAACACGUACCCUCUGCUGCCAUGUCACCACGGCGACCCUCUCAUUUGCCAUCAUAUAUCUGAUUGUUAAUGUGCUGAAUUUGGUGGGCAUCAUUCUAAUGGUUUCAUUGGAUAAAGAGGCAUUUUCUGUCUCCUAUUAUGAAUCAAAGGCUACCAGGGGCCAGCGUGUCUUUGACAUCAGCACUAACAUUCUGAUGCUGGUUAUGAUGUCGAUCUCUGCUGUGCUGGUCCUGUUCUCGAAACGCAAGGGCCCGAUGUUUGUGCUGCCUUUUGUGCUGAUGAUGUUUGUGGAGCUGAGUCUGAGUUUUCUGUCCCUGUUUGAUGGAGCCUGGGGUCUGCCAGGGACCCCGAGCUACAGAGACAUGCUGCAAGCUGUAAAGGGUCAGAUGAGAGUGGAUAGGUUGAAUGAGGAGGAAAUUGGCCAUUUCACCAUGUGGUACUCUGUUCUCUUUAUGAUGGACAUACUGCUGAAGGUGUACGUCCUUCAAGUGUCAAUGAGGUGUUUCUAUGCCCUGAAGGCAGAAAGGAUGGCUGCUGUCAUUGUUGACACUGGAAAUACUGUGACAGUGAAGCUGCCUUCUUAUGAUGAGGCUCUCAAGAUGAAAGCAGAAGACACACCCCCUACUUAUCAUGAGGCUUAAAAUUAAUGCAUACUUUAGGCAUGGUUUUAUGACGCAAAAUGCAAAAAAAUUUAACAACCACUAUUAUUAAGCACAAAUAUUCACACGCAUGCUAACAACCACAUGCAACACAAACAGGUAUGGCUAUGCUUACAUCUUUGUUUUUACACAUUAAAAGUAAUUAACUGAUU